GAGGUCGCCUUGGGGGUGGGUCGAGGCACGCCGCGCUCCGCCGCAACAGAGGGACCACCACCCACCCACUAGGUACUUGGUCCCCCAGGAUCUGCCAGGAGUCAUGUGAUUACCUAAUCACGCCGACCCGACCGACCGACCGACCGAUCAACCGACUGACUUGCAUCCUCGAUAAGCAAGCAUGCCCGACAAAUGCUUGGACUUCCCAGGGUACUCAAGCAUUUAUCCGCCGCCAACUCCACGCUCUCUGGCCCGGUCUGGCGCCGGUUCUGGUUAGUUUCAUGGCGAUUAUGGCAUCGUCAUGUAUAUUUGCAUGCAUGUCAGAGAUGACCGCCGCGGCCCGCAUAGAUAGCCAAUGCGGCCGAGGCACAAAAGGCAGGUAGCCCAGUGGGGCCGCCGAUAACUGCACACGCAGCCCCCGGCCAUGUUCCACCGACCGAGGCAGGAGAUGUCGUCUUCGACUGGGCAUCCCAGACUGAAUCUCGAGCCUUUUCGACACGGCGCCGAGCGUGUUUGCUUAUAUUUCGUAAUAGACAUCGUGUUUCCUUUCAUCUACACAGAACAGUAGACUUCCCUUCCCACCGCAAAACACCUAGCUGUUCAAGAUGGAGUGGUUCGGGCGCGCUAGGAUCCAGUUCACGACAGCUCCAAAGUCAUUGGCGCUGAAGGACAACGAAGGAAACACGACGAGUCUGCUUCAGGUGUGCCGGGACACGGUUCCGCGAUGCCAGCUGAACCCGCUGCUCUUCAACGGGCACCUGCAGACGGUAUGGACCGCGACGGCUGAACACGGUCCGCACGUGCACUACAAACGGCGCAUCUUUGAAGCCGACCAUGUCCAGUUCAAGGGCACCUUCGCCGUUGACUUCGUGACGGCCCCCUCCGGCGACUCCGAUGAGUCCCUACCGCCUCGGACCACCUACUUCAGCAAAGAGGAGCUCGCCAACAUGGGGUCGGACGACUCUCGCCCUAUGCUUGUCAUCCUGCAUGGUCUCACGGGGGGCUCGCAUGAGGUUUAUCUGAGAUAUGCCAUCAAAUCACUCAUCGAUGAGGGGAAAUGGGAAAUGUGCGUCGUUAACUCGCGGGGCUGUGCCAAAAGCAAGAUUACGACAGGGCUGUUUUACAACGCCCGUGCAACUUGGGAUACGAGAACGGUCGUGAAAUGGCUGCGAAAGAUGUAUCCUAAUCGUCCCCUAUUUGGCCUCGGUUUCUCCCUGGGGGCCAACAUUAUAACAAACUAUAUCGCCGAAGAAGGUGUGAAUUGCCUGUUCAAAGCAGCGGUCGUCAUUUCCAGCCCCUGGAAUCUGGAGAUAGGCAACAAAGCUCUCAAAAGCACAUGGAUUGGACACGAGAUAUACCUCAAGACCCUCGGAACCUCCCUCAGAACGCUAGUGGAAAACAAUAAGGAGGAGAUUCAGAAGUACACCGAUCUAGAUCUGUCGGUGCUCGCCAACGUCAACUACCUUUAUGAGUUUGAUAGGGCCUACCAAUGUCCGGCGUGGGGAUAUCCGACCGAAGAUGCUUACUACCGUGACGCGUCAAGCGUCGACUCGCUGCUGGCAGUGCGCAUUCCUCUGCUAGCACUCAACGCUUCCGACGACCCUAUAGCCGUUAAUAUUGGACUCCCAUACAACGAGGCCACGAAGAACCCAUACACGGUUCUUUGCACCACGUCCCUGGGUGGACAUCUCGGCUGGUUUGAGCUUUUCGGUGGAAGAUGGCAUGGGAAACCCGUGUAUAACUUCCUUAAUCAUAUGGCAUUUGAGAUCGACCAUAGCAGUAUAGACACGAGGGCGAGUGACGUCGCGUACAGCACUUCGGUAAGCACGAGUGAAUAUAGCCCCCUUCGGCGAAAAUUAAAUGUCAAUCUGCAAGCAUGAAAGUCGGAGCGGUUUCAGCGCAGACAGGAAAGCAUAAGAGCCAUAUAGUGGGCAGGGGUAUAAACUAUAGAUUUCUGCGUCGUGUUUUCAGAUUCAACCCAACGAGAUAUGCAACAUCGAUCUCGUCAGAUCAACGACUUGCUAUCCCGCACUAUUGCCGCUUAGACUUAGCUUUAUCCGCCAAUUAAUGAAUUCCUCUGUGAGAAUACUACCGUGCCCAACUUCUUCUACCUUGAACACCUCAAUAGUUGACGAGCCCGCCCGCCUUCUGAUCCUCCAAACUCCUUCGUCAUUGAUUGCGCCUCUUAGCCCUAUUCUGCAAGUU